GCGCCGAGUCGUCGCCAUGCGCACCGGGCUGCCGAGGACCGCCUGCUGCCUGCUGCCGCUUACCGUCGCCCUCUGCGCGCUGCUCUCGCACGCAGCAGCCUACUUCGGGCUCACCGGUCGGGAGCCCCUAUUGUUCUUGCCCAGUCCGCACCCCCUGGAUCCCCCCAGCGGCAGAGCGCAUGUGAAGCAGUGCGAGCAGUUAAGCCUCACGCGCCGUCAGAAGCGCGUGUGCCGGAGGGAGCCAGGGCUGCCCGAGACGCUGCGCGAGUCCGUGCGCCUCAGCCUGCUGGAGUGCCGCUACCAAUUCCGCAACGAGCGCUGGAACUGCAGCCUGGACGGGAGGGGCAGCUUGCUGAAGAGAGCCUUUAAGGAGACAGCCUUCCUGCUGGCAGUGUCUUCAGCAGCGCUCUCGCAUGCGCUGGCCAAAGCGUGCAGCUCCGGGCGCAUGGAACGCUGCACAUGUGACGACUCUCCGGGUCUGGAGCAGCGUGAAGCGUGGCAGUGGGGAGUGUGUGGGGACAACGUCAAGUACAGCACGAAGUUCCUCAAAAAGUUCCUAGGCCAGAAACGGGCCAGCAAGGAUCUGCGGGCGCAGAUUGAUGCCCAUAACAUUAACGUGGGUAUCCGGGCUGUGAAGAGUGGUCUGAAAACAACCUGUAAGUGUCACGGCGUCUCCGGUUCUUGCGCCGUACGAACAUGCUGGAAGCAGCUCUCGCCGUUCCACGACACGGGCCGUCUGCUCAAGUUCCGCUACGACACGGCUGUGCGUGUCCUCAGCCUCACCAACGCUGCCACCGGUGAGACCGAACUGGCCGGCCCCCGUCGCCAUGGCAACAGCGUGGUUCCCCGGCCCCGCCCCACCGACCUGGUGUUCCUGGAGGAGUCACCCAGUUUCUGCCGACCGUCUCGCUACUCCCCCGGCACAGCUGGACGCCAUUGCGCCAAGGACACAAGCUGCAGCAGUCUGUGCUGUGGGCGGGGUUACAACACAGCCCUGCGUCUCACCACACUGUCAUGCCACUGCCAGGUUCGCUGGUGCUGCCACGUGGAGUGCCAGACCUGCCUUAGGGAGGAAGAGGUGUACACUUGCAAGAAGCACUGAGAUGCUGUGUUCAAAAUGGUGCCCUCAUCACUUUCCCUAACAUUGAAUCAGGAUCACUGUAUAGAAUACUAUUGUAAGGAACAGAGAGGGUCCUAUAAUCACUAUUUGCUAUAUUUAACAGUCUGUAGCACGACAUAGAACACUAUUAUAGCGGACAGAAAAGGUCAUGUAAUCGCUAUUCCCUACACUGGAAGAAUCAGAAAGUUUAUAUAGAAAACUACUAUAGGGAACAGAAUAGCCCCCCCAAUCACUAGAUGAUGUGGCACGGGACAUUCCCGACACAGGAAUUUUGGUCAUCACUCUGCCACCGUAGUCACAUUGCACCUCAUUCGAAGCAAUGUAUUAUGAAUUUUUCAUGUUCUCUAGGGAAUAUCGUUUAAACACUCUUGUGAUACAUUUGAGAAUUGUCUGAUGGAUAUUCUCCACUAUGUUAUCGGAUGCCACUACAGAAGGGCUCCCAGAAUAGCGCUCUAUAUAGUGAAUGAGGCCUAGUUUUGGAACAGAGCCAGGAAGACAAGGAAAAAGGGAAUGGAUAUAGCAAGAUGGAGAGGAACACAGAAAGAGAGGGAGAAAGGAAGGUAGGGAGGUCUUUGGGUAUAAGAAUAGUAGAGGAGUGUGAGUGAACUACACAUACACAGAAAGAGGUGAAAAAGACAGAAGCACAGGGUGGUGUGGGAAAAUCUGGAUAAAGGUGGAUGAAAGAAAGUUAAGAGCAGUGGGGUCCGCUCCUGCAUGAUUGCAGACAGCUCCAGGGGCCAAAAGGAGAGAGUUUAGCAUCGCUCUCUCAAACUCUGGCCUCUCAGACAAGUGUGGGCAAAGUUGGACAAGGACCCCAAGGCAUGGCUAACAAGAUGCCUGUCUGAAAUAGGAGUUGCACUCCUGCUUUCAUAGAAGGAACAUUGCACAAAUUCCAUGUCUUUUGGCCUCACUGAGAUUGCUUCAAGUGGAGGAGAACCACUUAUUGAGGUCGCAGCAAGAAUGAACUUCUCAUUUCUCCUGCCAAACGCACGGAACAGAAAAGGGCCUUCCAGGAUCUGCAGAGAUGCAGGAGCCAUGAACCAUGAUAGGUGCUCCAAGGACGAAUUAGACGUUUGGAAAUAGUGGCAACCCUGAGUAAAAUAUAAGGGAGAAUUUGCCAGUGCCACAGUGAUCCACUCAUUUCUCUGUCUGUCUGUCUGCCUGCCUGUCUACCUGCAUAGCUGUUUUGCUGCAAAAAUCAAAGUAAGGGUCAAAUGUUAUGCUGAAAUUAUGAAGCACUUAUUUGUUAUGAUGAGUAUAUUGUGUCCUUUGCUUGGUGGAGGAGAAAGUCAUGUAACUGUGUAAACCAAAGGCAUUUUAAAUAAUUUUAUCCUGUGGAAAAACUAGAAUAUGUGAUGGAAAUAUGCAACAAUAUUACUUUGAUUCAUUUUUAGCUAUAAAUUAUGAUAAAAAAUAUCCAGUUGUUAAUUUCUGGUAAAUAUUUAAAGGCCCAUAUAAAAGAAGCAUAUUUUCCUCAUGUUUUUUAGAGUUUUAUUUAGUAUGUAAACAAAGUUUCAAAAUGCACUGGUCACUCUCCACCGUCCGGGACAGUGUUUUUGUGAACCACUAUAUUUACAUAUAUCCAUGUAUUCAGCCUACAGCAGUUUAGCUCCGCCCAUUCACAAUAAGGUUAUAAGCAGUUUUUCAGCAUAGACUGCUGUUUGAAUGAGGCACAACACAGGAUAGCUAAUCAGAGCAGAGGUUUACAGACAUGUGCAUCCUCUACAGAGAACACACUAAUACAGCAUAUUGGAAAAAAAUAAUAUAAUAAAAAUAAUAUAAAAUAUGCCCAACUUUUUCUCAGGCCAAUGUGUUAUAAUUUCCUCAAAUGUGUUAAAUUCAGAAAAAAAAAACAGUAAUUGUGUAUUAAAAUGUGACAAAGGGUGUCCUCUGUAGAGGAUGUGUUUACCUAUUUUACUUCAACAACAUCAAUAAAACGUCAUUUGACCAGGGUCCCCAAACUUACGAACUUAAACUUACAACUGUAGAUCAUUCUUAACUUUAGGGCAACAAAAGCAAUGGGUUUAAAUCUAAAGGAGAGGUUUGAAAAUGUUUUAUGACUGUUUUAGGUACAUAAAACGAAACAAAUGUAGUAAAGGGGAAAAUAUAACAUAAAAACGUAGAACAUGGGCAUUUUAAAGAAAUAAGUGUGUUGUUGGUAGAUGUGAUGGGUUUAAUAAUAUAGAAAUCAUAAAACAAUCCAAAGCCAUGUAAUGUGUAAUUGUGACUAAGUGUUCAAACAUGUUUAUGAGCAAAACAUGCAUGAGAGAUUACAAAGGCCAGUACGGCGUGUUAUUAGUGUGCAUGUGAUCCCAAUUCCCUACAGCUGUGUAAGGUUUAUAAACAUGUGGCCAUUUUUGUAGUGUCUUUAUACUGCACUUUCCCAUCAAGGACAAAUGAGUACCUCUUUCCCAGAACAACGAUCGCCCUUACUUUCCCCUCCACAAAGCCCAACUCAGUCUCAUCUGAGCCUCUUUCAUGUCUGUUAAGUCUUUGAAACGACUUCAUUCCACCCCCUUAUUUUCCCUAUUACCAAUCAGAGAAAAUAACAGCUCUUACUCUCCUGAAACACUGCAUUUCUCUCUGCCCUGGACUCGAAAGGUCAAUCGGGGACCGCCCAACAAGUCUUAGUCACGCAGCUUUGAUUGCAAUUUUUCUGUUCUGGAAAAAAAAAAUUUUUUUUUUAAAUACAAUGACAAUGUCCUGAUAUGACUGGAAUCCAUAUAUAUGGCUAAAGAGGUACUGAGUGACCCAUUUCUGCAGUCACAUACUGAAACCCAGACAGUUUCAAUAUUUCCCAUAAACAUUAAAAUUCAUAUGCAAGCAUUUUCAACAGUUAAACAUUAUCAGGCUCGAAGUAAGUGAGGGAAUGUGCCUACUUGUGCAAUACUCUGUAUGCAUGCGUGUAUAUGUGUGUGUUGUCUGGACAGGAAGAGAAACUCCAGUAAAAUUGGCCACAUCAAUCAACUUGAAGAAAGUCCAAGUUUCUAGUGUCAUGGUUAGUGAACUGAGGCAGCUGGAACAUUUAAAAGAAAAAAAAAGUGGUUAGCUUCAGAAGACAGCCUAAAAAAGCUACAUAUAACAUUUUUACUUUUCAGUUUCGUUAAAAGAUGGUCAUAAAUCCUUUGCAAACAUAGGUUUAGUUGCUUUCCUUUUUUUUCGUUAAAACAUUUUAAGGCAUAGUCCAGUUGCUUUAUGGUAUGAUGAUUACACAGACUCAAACAAUGAUAUCAUGAACAGAACCAAAAGCAGUUGUUUUUGACCUUUUUACCAACUUUGCAACUUGGAUCUCUUUAUUGUGGUGGUGAUAGGAACCGGGGGUCACGAUGUCUACACUACAAGUAAUUUUUUUUUCGCCCUGACCAUUUAACUAUGCAGAAAAAAAAAUCUGUGGAAUUCUCCUCAUAAAAAAACAAGAGAGAGUUUUAUUUUUAACAUUGUUUAUAAGUGAGUUUUUCAUCUAGACAAAGAGAUACACCCAUUGCUUCUUUCAUUGAGGGAACACAUGCAAAUGCCUUCAGCCAUCAGCAAAGCCAAACUCAAUCCUUUCCUCAUCUGUAUGUGUGUGUGUGUGUGUGUGUGUGUGUGUGUGUGUGUUUUCUCAGAUUGUAAUAUCUAAAACAUUCAGUGUUUAUAUCACAGUACAAUAUCAGUGACCAAAGACAGUGACAGCAGUAGGUUGAGUAGCAGUAGCUCAGUAUAAGGGAGUUUUUGACAGUAUAAUGUUUCACGUUGAGCAAGGCACACUUUCUCCUGGGGGGACUUUUUUCUACCUCACCUGGCUUUUGGGGAAUAUAAAUGAAAAAAAAGAUAUAUUCAGUUCUCAGUAGAUAUUUAAAACAAGAACUUUUAAUCUUAAGUUAAUAUACACUGUCUCUGAAAUGGUGUAUGAUGGCCUUUUGACCGUUUUUACCUUUGUGGCCUACUCGCUUAUUUAAGUU